UAACGCGAUAUUUCUGCUAAUCUCGUCCAAUCCAACAUGUCGGCAGACGCUGUUAUUGUCCGUCGCUCCUUUCAAGAGUCUUCAGUUCUUUUAUGAACCAGUGCGGUAAAAAGCCAAGCGGGCAUGAGAGGAGCUUUCGGGGAUCAUGUUGAGAUCCACCGGCUUCUUCCGAGGCAUUGACUGUCCGUUUUACCCGGACUACGACGACGGUAAAGGCGGCAGAAACGGGUGUAACAGACCGUACUGUCACUUCAGGCACUGCCAGCAGAGACGGUCGUCCUACGGAGCUCCACCGGAUGUUAAAAAGCAGAACGAGCUCCUCUCCGGACAAAAAGAUGAAGGUUAUGAUCCGUUCAACCCAGAGGUGGUGAGACCACAGGAGCAGCAGAAUGGAAAGCCCGAGGCGUCAGGAGAUCUCAGCGGCGCUUUGGAGAUGGUCAACAAGGCCAUUGAGGAAGUCCGCAGCCAGGUCGAGAAAGAGAAAAGGAAGCUGUCUCGCAUCGAGGACGAGCCCUACAGUCCGACUGAGAGGACCAGUUUAUCGUCAUCUGAUGCUGCUAAAAGCAAAGCAGCGGGUUCACAUUUGAGCUAUGAUCCUGGAAGUUAUCAGAUCACGUCAGGAGGAGGAGGAUACAAUCCCACCCCUGGCUGCAGCAAGUACACCUUGGAGUCAGACAAUCAGGGGUGUAACAGUAGCUCGAUGGAAUAUGUUCCCACUUCACUGAAAAAGCCGUUACCUCGGACACAGCUGCACCAAGCUUCCUCGCCUCCUUCUAGCCCCAAAUAUUCAAACUGCACUCCGUCUUUCAAAUACACCGUAGAUAAGUCUAGACCAUCUACUGACAUGGAAUAUGACCCACUGUCCAACUACUCUGCUGGGAUCGCAGUGAAGAGCAAAAGGGACGAGGGUGCUUCUGUUAAGACUGAUUACAGCAAAACAAGUCGGCCACCAGAGACUCGUUUGUGUGAUGAAGAGUGUGUUGCAGCUUUAAAAAAGCCUCUUCGGCCGAGUGUAGACACUAAAAAAUAUACCAUCUCUGACUCUGAUGGGGAAAGUUCUGGAACAGAGUAUCGACCCAUGUCACUAAGCAAUCUGCAGCAAAAAAAAGCCAACAGUUGGCCAGGAAGGGAUGCUUUUGGGAAAGACAGAACUGGGAGUAUCCAAGGUGCACCGACACAAAGAAAAAAAGAGGAGGCGGCAGAGAACUCGGACGUUCACGAAAGUGUUAAACAAAAAGACAACUCUGACAAAAAGAAAGGGACAGAUCAAAUUAGACACGGGAAAAGUGUCAAACCCGAUAAGGUGCACAGAACUGAGAGGGAAGCGACCAAAUCCAGUCAAAAGAGCAGCAGCAGCAGUAUUGGUAAAGACAAAGGGUCAAUAAAGAACUCCAUCCAAGUCUGUGCGAAAAAGGAGAGCAAGGGUGACGGGAAGAAAGCUGGAAAUAAAAACACAUCAAAGGUUAAGACAUCAGAUAAAGUUCAGAGGGAAGGCAGAGAUGAAAGGAGAAGUGAUGUUAAGAUCAAGACUGUUGAAAAACUAAAAAGAGACUUGAGCAAACCGGACAAAGAGGAACGAGAAAGUAAGAAACUCAAAACGUCUGACCGAGAGAAAGAAAAGGAGCAGAGCAAGUUAAAGAAGCACCAGCAUAAAAACGGUAAACUUGAGAGCAGUAAAAGAGAAAAAGACGUAAAGACGAUUAGUAAAGGCAGUUCUAGCAGCAGUAAGGAGAGUUCAGCAAACAGCAGGGAAGGAGUCAAACAAAAGAUCAGCUCAUCAAACCAAAACAGACUUCAUCAUAAAAGGCAGAGUGUGAGUUUGAGCCACGCGGAUCUGUUCGGAGACGAGAGUCCAGACGAGGCUGGAGUGGUGGAGGUGGACUACGACGACGAGGCUGAGGAAGUCUUGGUGAGGAAAUCAGCUGAUGCAUUAAAGAGAGGACGUUUAAACAAGAGGAAGGCUUCAGAACGCUCUCCAUCUUCCUCCGAGGAUGAGGAGGAAGAUGAUAUGGAAUGGGGUCAGGACAAGGUUGUUGGUGUUGGAAUCGACUUUUCCAGCUUUCAGGACGAUCUGGACUUCGACUCGGAUCCAAUGGAGGAGUGUUUGAGGAUCUUCAAUGAAUCCAAAGAUGUGAAGAAGGAAGACAAGGGAAGGCAAGCAAAACAGCCUCCCAGGGAUUCAGAGGAGGAGAGGAGCACAGACAGCACUUUAACCACCCUCUUCCCUGGUCAGAAGAAGAGAGUGUCUCAUUUAGUUGUCAAAGGAAAUACUGAUGCACCUUCAAAGCCCGUGGUACGGCCGUAUAAGCGACCCACUCCUCAGGAGAUGUGCUACCAGCGUAUGCAGGUCGCCCAGCAGCAGGCAGCUCAGCUCUCUGCGUCAGUCAAAGCCGCCUCACAGAGCGCCAGCCUUGGUGGAGAGAAGAAGAGGAUAGCUCACCGGCCCAACCCACAGAUAUUACCCUCCAAGACAAGUCCUGCACACAAUAAACCAGCUACCAGUCGAGUGUUAUCCCCCUCUCAGACGUCGCUGGGGGUCAAAGCCCAAACAACGGCUGGGAUUUUGUCCAAGACCUCAUCUACAUUAAUGCAGAAGAGGGUGGCGCACACACCCACCAUGAAGAGCACUUCUUUGAGGCGUCCAAUCAUCCCUUCAGAGUUUGGACCAAAAGUACCCACCAACGUUCGCCAACGCUACCUGGACACUUUCAUCGAUGAAUGUGUUAAAUUUUGUCCAUCAGAGGACGAAGCCUUCCAGAUGGCUGUGGAUGAGGAGAAGCUGGUGUACGACCGCAGCAGCAGUAAGAACAUCUACCUCAACGUAGCCGUCAACACGCUGAAGAAGCUCCGGGGGAAAAGCAGCUCCUGUCUGUCACCUGCCUACAGUUCUGGGUCUGCAGCUAAACGGAGGCCCCAGUCCCAUGAGGAGGUUCUGGGAGGUCGUCUUGCAGCUACAACCAGCUUCACUGUGAACAGGUCGGGUAAACAGCAGGAGGAGAAACUCACUGGAGUUGUUCUGUACAGGAAGCUGAAGUCGUACCUGAUGACUGAGGAGCAGCUCCAGGAGCACGGAUACCCACGGUCAGACCCCGAGGUUUCUGGGAGGGCCAUCAUUCACAACCUACCAGAGAAAAAGGUCGUCCCAGACCCUUUUACCAAGAUAUGCUGCCGCUGUGGUGCUGAGUACAGGAUCAGCGUGAACGGCAGCUGUGUGCGCAAAGAGGAGUGUUGUUAUCACUGGGGACGUCUACGAAGACAUAAAGUUGCUGGAGGCUGGGAGACGAAUUACAGCUGCUGUGCUUCAGCUGUAGGAGCUCCAGGAUGCCAGAGUGCCAAGCAACAUGUUCAGGACAAUCGGAAAGAGUCACUUGAUGGGUUCGUGUCAACGUUCAGCAAACCGCUCCCGCCGGACGGAAACGGGGGGGUGUUUGCUCUGGACUGUGAGAUGUGCUACACCAAGCAGGGUCUGGAGCUGACCAGGGUGACGGUCAUCAACUCGGAGAUGAAGGUCAUCUACGACACGUUUGUCAAGCCUGAGAGCAAAGUGGUGGACUACAACACACGAUUCUCAGGUGUCACUGAGGAGGACUUGGAGAGUGCCACCAUCACUCUGAGGGACGUCCAGGCUGUGCUGCUCAGCAUGUUCAGGGCUGAAUCCAUCCUCAUCGGACACAGUUUGGAGAGUGACCUCCUCGCUCUCAAGCUUCUUCACAGCUCCGUCGUAGACACGGCGAUCGUGUUUCCGCACCGCCUUGGUCUGCCCUACAAACGUGCCUUGAAGAAUCUGAUGGCUGAUUACCUCAAACGCAUCAUCCAGGACAACGUGGAGGGCCACGACUCGAGCGAAGAUGCAUCUGCCUGCAUGGAGCUGAUGAUAUGGAAGAUCAAGGAGGAUGCAAAGGUCAAAAGGUGACCUCUGACCCUUCAUCAGCACAUAGCAUCCUGCCUUCAUCUAGGUUUCAGAGAGAGGCCUGAGUUCUGGAAGUGCGUAAGACAGUUUAGGACAUUUUCUGGGCGGAGGAACAGGGUUUAGAACAAUUAGAAAUCUCGUGUUGCCUUCAAAGCAAUAGGAAUCUAAACCAUUGUUUUCAUUAGCUUCAUUUCUAAAGUUUGCUAGCUAAAAGCUUUUGUUAAUUUGAGCAGUGUUUUUCUUUAAAGCCUUACACUUGUUCAUGAAUAAAACAUUUUUGUGGAAGAACUUGAAAAGCCGGGGCAUUGUCUACUGAACAGUCCAGUGUAAUUACAGGUUCAUGCUGACGACCUCCAGCAUCACUUGCACUAUAUUUAAAAUGCUCUUGUUGUACAGGGCCCAAAUUUGAGUACCUCGUGUGUGUUGUGAUAAUUUUACUUCUAAUAAUCAUUAAAAUAAUGUACUACUACUACUACCUAGUUGCAUCCAAGUGCAUUGACGUCUUAGUCUGUUGACAAAAGCUGUGGAAACACACACAUGUUUUUCACUUGCACCUAGUUUAUGGCCACCGAUGUGGAGGCUCUUGCCAAUUUUGUAAGAUGGUUUGAAAAGACAUUCAGAGGAAACGCACAGCCUCUGGUCUAGUUUAGUUAUGGGAUCUAACGGCUACGCGAGUAAUCCCACAGGGAAACCGAUGCGUAGCCGCUGUUCCUGUGUCAUGUGCAGUGCGUGAUAGAAAACAGGAAUCUGUGUGAUAACAGAUAUGUUACUCCGCUUUAGAACAGAAAAUAUAUUGUUAAUAUAAAUCUGGGUUUUUGGUUAACACAAUAAUCAGCCAACUUUGCUGUUUUAUGUUGACAGUGACUGAAAAAUACACCCAGAGCUGUAAAUGUGCCUGUAAACACUUCCUUUGUAUUUGUUAAAUCUUUGGUUGUUUAUCCUUUUCUAUUAAAAAGUGUUAGCUAAAAGAAAA